AAAACUACAGUUAGCACCUAAUUAUCCGACUCCCCCAUCCAAUUUUCCCCUCCAUCCAAUUCACUUUGCCGCCGAGGUCAGAAUCAUCUACCACCGUCGCCGCCCAACUCCCUCCGCCGCCGCCAAGCUCCCUCCACUCGCCGGGUCGCCCUCUCCCACCGUUGCCCUUCCACUCCUAGGCCCUCGCCGCUUGUAUGUGGUUGUUGGCCAUCAAAUCAGUCGACGUAGCGGCGGUAGAGAGGCGGAAUGCUCCCGUCGGCGAUGGUCCCUCCUCCGCUCAUGCCGCCACUGGAUGGAUCGGAGGCCGGUAAAGCUCCGGGCGAAGACAUAUGGAGUGAUAGCUGCAGCCGUCUGGGAGCAGUGAGAGAGAAUGGGUGGUCGGAUGCUAGCGCCGAGAGGGGAGAGGCUAGAGGUGAGCGCCGAGAGAUUUCGGCAGCGCGCGUUCUUUCGUUGAUUUCCUUAUACAAGUCGGAAAGAGCACAUCCGAAUCCUUUCUGAACUCAAAAUACCCCAAAGCAUAGGCCCUACGGAUCGAUUAGGUCAUAAAUAAGCAUUGGUACUCUGUAUUUUAGCAACAUAUCGCAGCAGCAGCAGCAGCAGCAGCGGAUUAUGCAUCGUCGACAGAAGAAUAAUCGGCGGGAGCCGCCGGUUCUACGACCAGAGCCAUGGCUGGUAUACUCCCAUGGGAAGCAGAAGCAGUCACAAACAUUCUACAGCUUGUCGGAACGAAGUUGCCAGGUGAGAAAUAUCCCUAAGACGCGAAAUCGAACCGUCUGGGCACAUUGCCAAGGCUGGUUAGCGCUUGUCGAUGUCGAUCAUAACCAUUGUUCAUUGUUUAACCCUGUCACCAUGGAGGAGGUUCACUUACCCAGAUUCCCAUUUACUGCCAAGAGCAUCGACCAUUGUGCACUUUCCUCUCCUCCUACUGGUGCUAAUAAUUGCCUGCUCAUGUGUAUCGAAUAUUGUCAACGAAGAAAGCAGAGUUCUUUUCACUUCUGUAAGCCAGGGGAUAAAGAUUGGACGACACAGCUGGUGGAGCCGCAACAAGGUCAAUGUUGGUGCGAAGUGUAUCCCCAUCUCCACCGUUUCAGAAACACCGUCAGCUUCAAUGGCGAGUUUUAUGUUGUUUCCAUAUGCUGUAAAGGCCUCUUCAAGGUUCAGUUGGCAAUUGACCAACUUGGUACUAACAAUGUCUCAAUGGAGUUACUUGAUAUGAAGUUAAGGGGACAGCGGUCUCACUUCGUUAGGAGCACUAUGAUGAGCUCUUCGUUCAUGGUUCAGGCCUCACCUACUGAACUAAUGACGGUUAAGCUAUACUACGGGGACAAUAGAGACACUGACUGCAGCUACAAGGUUCGUAGGGUCGAGGGCUUCCAGACUGGUGUCAAGCGACUGGACUUGUAUAAGGCCAAUUUCCUGGAAGAAAAAUGGGAACGCGUGGAGACGUUGCCCGAAGACACUGCCAUCUUCUUAGGCUCCCGUAGCGAUAAUGGCGUCUCUUAUAAAAUUCCAAGAAGACAAGACUUAGUUGUGGGAGGAGGAGGUGUUCGUGGGAACACGGUGUACUUUACACCACCAACGAAUGACGGGUAUCUUUACGCGUAUGACGUUGGAGACAGAAGUAUAAGCGUCUCUUUACCAUGUUCUAAAGCUAACAGACCUGAUUAUUCUGAACCGCAUUGGAUUAUUCCCCUUGGUUGCUCAUCUUCUACGGAUGAUCCUCAACCGGAAUUCGACAUCUCGCCUGAUGAGAUUGGCAGCGAGCAGAUUAUUCUCUCGACGGGCAACGACGAUAGCAGUACUGAUCAUGAUGGACGACAUUGGUCGUACGACAUUCCAAGUGAGCUUCUUUCCGAUGUACAAUCUCGCUUAUUUGGAGCCGAUCGUUGCUUUUUUCGUCUCGCUUGCAAAACGUGGAAUUCGAUAUUUUCCAGUGUUGUCUCUACAUCGUCAAACGUUCGAUUUGCGAGGAAUCAUUCUUUCCCAAUCCUCGUACAUAAAGGAUUGGAUGGGGAGGUAGUCAGCUUAUUCAACCCAAUCACCAGUGUAACUAGUAUCUUGUCUUUAGAGGCUUCGAGUCUGAGAGGCGCAGUCAUUCGCUGCUCCAAACACGGAUGGUUGCUUAUGUCACAAGGACUUGGGGGUGAUCAACAUCGACUAUUCUUUUUCAAUCCUUUUACCGAAGACAGGAUCAACCUUCCUAUGCUGUCGUAUGACCUUGAAGGGAUUACAUUCUCGUCUUCGCCGACAUCCUUUGACUGCCUGGUUAUUUGCUACACUGCUUUGUGGCAGCAAGUGGUGAUAUCCUUUAUUUAUCGAGGGGAGCACCAGUGGACUCAAUAUGAGGUCAUGAGCGACAGUAGUAAUUUCAUGAGCCCUUUCAGUAAUCCAAUUUACCACAAAGGAUUGCUAUAUUUUAUGGGGAAGAACGCAGAUCUUUGCAUUCAUGACUUUGAACAAAAAACCACCAUUACGAUAGAGCUUCCUAAUAGAUCUUGUACGUCGGUACAAAGAAGCUAUCUGUUGGAGUGCAAUGGGAAGCUUUUGUCCGUGUUGAUGGGCCACAUGGGGAAAGUUCUCGAGGUAUAUGCACUCGAUCAAGAAGCCAUUACUUGGAAAGAACUGGAUAACCUCGAAGACAAUAUGCUGUUUGUGAGCGCUGCAUCUGCAUUAUCAGCAACAAACAGUGGAGAGAAGAUUUCUGGCUUGGGAAACAAGGUGUUUCUUGACAGGUUUAAGGACAAGGAUGGCGUGUUUUAUUCUCUGGCAACAAGAAAGUUCCAUACCUUUUGGAGCGGAUACAACAAUGAUGAUUGGUGCAACACCAAAGAAUAUAUCAAUUGUGCAUGGAUAGAACCAAGCUUCAAAACGCACACGAAAGAUGAGCUUCAAUGGUAAGGAAAGAUGGAAAUGGAUGUAGAGGCCUAUUUGCGAAGACGCUAUGAAAGUCAAAAUGCAGAUAUCGAGAUAAUGGAGAAAGAUGACUUGUAUACUGUUAGUCACUUUAUAAUCUUCCUUUUAUGAACUUUAGACGUGGCUUACAUUUGUUUGGAAUGCUUGACCCCCGCCGUCCUUGGUCUUUAUGCUUUUACUCACUGCUACUGCUACCCCAGUUUGUUGAAUUAUAAUUUAGAAGUGAUUUGGGUAGGACGAAUAGACAUCUUCGGUUACUUCUUAUUUUUGAAGAGCUGUUGGUUUCUGCUUAAGGUGUACUAAUCACUUCUCUGUGAUGGGUCAGAAGAAUGUUUUUUCUCUUACCUCUGCGGAAAGUUAGUUUUGAUUUGAUGGACCGCUCUAAGCUGUCUAAACUAGCAGAUGGUUCUUAGCUAGUCCUUGUAGUUUAGGGAUGCUCUCUCUGAACAUAUUAAGUGCUGAAAGCAUGUUUAAUAGCCUUCAGUGGUUUCUAUAUAUGUGCUAUCCUACAGGUUAUCAAUGAUAUAAUUGAAUGGAAGUUAUCAAUAGUUGGUACGGUGGAAUGAUUCUGACAUCAUGGAGACGAUUCAGAAUGGCGAGGGUAAAUGCCAGAGGAAGAACUUUGUUUGGGAUUGAGAAGCCAAUUUCUUAAGACAAUAGCAAUUGACCAUAGAUGCCAGUUGGAAAGUUUGUCCAAGAAAGGGUAAGCAAAGAAUCUGCAAGAUGAUAAUAUUUUGCUGCUUGUUAUAAAGAAGCUAAUUUCGUUAUUCAGUAGCUGUUCAUGGGAAACACUGAUAGGAAAUACUACGCCCACUGUGAUUGGAGUAGUAAUAUUAUGCCCAUCUUACUCAAAAGUAAUCUUCUACUUUGUCCCUUUUGUUUCAGAUCAAUGUCCCAAGUUUAUGGUGAAUAGUAAAUGUUGUCUUCGCUUUCCUUUUAGUGUAGCUUCUUUUAGAAAUUUCACACGUUUUCAGGAUGAUAUGUUGCCUAGGCUAAGUGCAGCUUCUUUGGCAUGAUUGCAACAUGAAAUUCUUGAAACUGAAUGG